AUGGGAGGGGGAAGAUGCCACAGAAAGGCCCGCUGGGAGCAAAGAAUUGAAAAACUACUACAAUCUAUUGAGCGUCUACAGGUGAGUCGGAGAAAUUGUGUCUUCCUUCUUCCACCCAACUGUAGAAUUAGCACUGCAGGCAGAAUCUUUCAACAGAAACUCUCGGGGUGGUUUGUGUCUUCGAUCCGCAAACUAACUGACCAGCUUGUUCGCCAGGCUAAUGUCGUAAGCCGUUGUAUUGGAAGGGUAAAUCGAAACAAAUGUGCCGAAGCUGCCACCCGUGUGAUGAUUCCCGUAUUCGGCCUUGCGGCUGCAGAUAGAGGGACUGAUACCCCAGAUAAACGGGACAUCACAUUCUUCCUGGCGAAUAUUUUGUUCAAGCUUUAUUAUGAACUGGAUAACGUUAGGCUUUGUGAUACCAUUUUAAAAAAUCUGGAGAAGCAGUUGCAGCGGAUCGAAGCGUUCCCGAUGGCUGACCAGACAAUGUUCCACUUUUGGCAUGGGAGGAUAUAUUUAACUCAACAGAGAGUACGACAGGCGUACGAGGAACUCUCUAAAGCGUUUACCAUGUGCACUAAUAACUCCUUCAAGAACAAACAAAUAAUUUUCACCUACCUUGUCGCCACUGCAAUUCCUAUCGGAAUAUUUCCUUCAACUUCAUUGCUGGAGCACUUUGGAUUGACAUCACGAUAUGGGCCAUUGAUAGACUCCAUCAAAAGGGGCACAUUCACACAUUCCAUCUUGCGCUCGGGGAAAUGGUUUGCCAGACGUGGUGUCUGGAUGCUGCUCCGUGAGAAGGGAGAAGUUCUUGUUUGGCGCAGCCUGAUUCGUCGACGAGAACAAAACCCAUCCGCGUUUGUUGCUGGCAGCAAGGGGCCACCGCCAACCCUUCAACUUCUUGCCAUCCAAUCGGCUCUUCAAUUUUCAUCGCACGACGUGUCAUAUACAUUGAACGAUGCAGAGAGUUUAUGCUGCAGCCUUCUAGACCAGGGCUAUGUGAAAGGAUAUAUAUUGCAUUCGCGACAACUUCUGGCCCUUCAGAAGGCCGAGAAUCUAGGGUUCCCCCCUCCUUGCACGAUCGUUGUGGAUUCAGGGCUACUUGAUGGAGCUGUAGAUUACACCAAUGACUGA